AUGGCUUAUGGUGCUGUUUCUUCUCUUGAGCUGACAAUUGAGCGCCUUUUGAAUUCAUCAAAUAUUCCGAUUCUGAAAUGGAAGGUGUGCGAAAGUUUAAGUGAAUUGAGAUACUUGAUCGUGUUGGAUGAUGUAUGGUACACGGAUCUCUGUUAUGAGUUCGCCAACGUAUUUCCAGACGACAAAAAUGGAAGUGUAGCAUUGCUGACAACUAGGCUAACAGAAGUAAGUAAAUGUGUCCACCCUUUGAAUUCUCACAGACUACCCUUCCUUGAUAAGAAAGAAAGUUGGGAACUUCUUCGUCACAAGGUGUUUGAUGCAAUGCCUUGCCCUCGUGAACUCGAGAAAUCUGGAAAGAAGAUUGCGGAGAAUUGUGAAGGUCUUCCACUUACAAUAGUUACAGUUGCCCACAUCCUUUCCAAAACUGACAAGACUUCGGUGUACUGGAACCAGGUAGCUAAUGAUAAACAAAAUUCGGUUUACAAGGAUGCAUAUGAUCAAAUGUCCAAUGUACUAUAUCCAAGCUAUGACUAUUUACCUCAACAUUUGAAAGCAUGCUUUCUCUACUUAGGAGCUUUCCCACAAGAUUAUAUGGUGUGGAGGCGCCAACUGAUCGACUUGUGGAGUGCUGAAGGAUUUCUUAACCGAAAAUCAACCAUGACUUCAACUGAUUAUACGUUUGCUUAUGUAGGAGCGCUUCUUUCAAAUAAUGUUAUCAUCUACAAUGAAGAAAAGUUUAUAUAUCACCUUCAUUCAUCAUUUUGGUACUUGUGUAACAAAGAAGCUACCAAGAAUAAGUUUUUCUAUGCAUUCAAUUGUCUUGCCGAUGCUCUACCAAAAGAAGGUAUCAACUACCAGCUGCGCCGAUUGUGCAUCCGAAAUAAUGUUCUACUUGCCAUUGAAGAUGCGCACGAUUCAAUUGCAUCUGCUUCAACGGUACGCUCUCUCCUAUGUACCGGUCCAUAUCAUCAAUAUCCUGUACCAUUUUGUUUGGAACAAUUAAGGUUGCUCAGGGUAUUGGAAGCUCUUUCUAUUAAAUCCUAUGAGUUCCCAAUGGAAGUGUUGAAACUAUUGCAGCUAAGAUACCUCGCCCUCACUUACGAUGGAAACCUCCCUACUUUCAUUUCCAAACUAUUCAACCUUCAGUACUUGAUUGUUCAUCAUCAGUACCGGAUCGUAAAAUCUGUUGGGAAUCCAUAUUAUCUGCCUAUUGAGAUAUGGAAUAUGAAAGAAUUGAAGUCUCUCGAGAUCCGGGGAAGAGACCUACCACAUCCUUGUGAAGGAUCCCUCCUAUCAAACCUCACAACUCUAACUGGUGUCGGUCCUCAAAGUUGUACCAAAGAUGUGCUUGAAAAAAUCCCUAAUCUGAAGGAGUUAACAAUCCAAAUCGAACUAGUUCCGGUUGCUUCUAAGCCCUUCAGUUGCUUUGAUCACAUUUACAAUCUGCAUCAACUACAAGAAUUAGAAUGUGAAAUUACAAAUCCUAUUUUCAAGGCUCAGACCUGGUAUUGCAAUGCUAUGCCUUUCGAGGCCCGAAGUGGGAGGUUCAUGACCACGAAUUCCAAAAGCUUUCAAAUUGAAGACACCGAUCUGGUGCACUGGAAGUUUGUGACAACAAAUUUCUGCUUCCCUGCUAUUAAGGUUCUUGGCAUCGAACAUUGCUACAAGUUAAAAGAGAUCUCUCUCACGUUCGGUACAUCUCUUGAAAAUAUUUAUUUAGUUGACUGCAACCCUAUGGUUGUGAAUUGGGCAAACAGUUUAAAAGGGGAGUGGGACGACAAAUAUGGCGGUCAUGGACGUCGAUUAUACGUUAUUGUUCGUUAUUCAUUGUACUGUACUGAUGGGAACACCAGAAUAUUGAUACUUGAAAAGUUUGGGAAUGAGACUGCUGGAGUGAAGUUCUGCAUGGAUCCUAACAAUCUCUACAACCUGCAUUCGUUCAAGCACUCAAUAAAGGCCGAACUGCACAGUCAUAUUUAUUUAUACUGA